AUUGGCUGCGGCGAAGCCUCGCGGCCGGUGGCUAUGGAGGCGGCGGCGGUUGAUGGUUGACCGUUGGCACCGGGGUAGGGGUCGCCGCUCGGGCGAUCUGCUCAAACCCGACCGGAGUGCGUGGCCUGCUGACGUUCGGCUUGGACCCCGCGGGCGAGACCUAGUUGGGCUCCGCCAUGCCGGCCGGGAGUAACGAUCCGGAUGGCGUCCUCAGCUAUCAGAGACCAGAUGAAGAAGCUGUGGUGGAUCAGGGUGGGACCAGCACAAUUCUCAACAUCCACUAUGAGAAGGAAGAGUUGGAAGGCCAUAGGACCCUGUACGUGGGGGUCCGGAUGCCACUGGGCCGGCAGAGCCAUCGGCACCACCGAACGCACGGUCAGAAGCACCGGAGACGAACGCGGGGCAAGGGAGCCAGCCAGGGGGAGGAAGGCGCAGAGGCCCUGGCCCACGACACACCAUCUCAGCGUGUGCAGUUCAUUCUUGGCACUGAGGAGGAUGAAGAACAUGUGCCUCAUGACCUCUUCACGGAGCUGGAUGAGAUCUGUCUGAAAGAGGGAGAAGACGCUGAGUGGAAGGAGACAGCCAGGUGGCUGAAGUUUGAAGAAGAUGUUGAGGAUGGGGGAGAACGAUGGAGCAAGCCUUAUGUGGCAACCCUUUCACUGCACAGCCUCUUUGAGUUAAGAAGCUGUCUUAUUAAUGGGACGGUCCUUCUGGAUAUGCGUGCAAAUAGCAUAGAAGAAAUCUCAGACCUGAUCCUGGACCAGCAGGAGCUGUUCAGUGACCUGAAUGACAGCAUGAGGGUUAAAGUCCGGGAAGCCCUUCUCAAAAAGCAUCAUCAUCAGAAUGAAAAGAAGAGAAACAAUCUCAUCCCCAUUGUUCGCUCCUUUGCUGAGGUUGGCAAGAAGCAGUCUGACCCACAUUCAAUGGAUAAACAUGGUCAAACUGUGUCUCCUCAGUCCAUUCCAACCACAAGUCUUGAAGUAAAGAAUGGAGUGAAUUGUGAACACAGUCCAGUGGAUUUAAGCAAGGUGGACCUUCAUUUUAUGAAGAAAAUUCCCACUGGGGCGGAGGCCUCGAAUGUCCUGGUUGGAGAGGUGGACUCUCUGGACCGCCCCAUUGUCGCCUUUGUGAGGCUAUCUCCGGCUGUCCUUCUCUCAGGCCUGACAGAAGUGCCCAUCCCAACAAGGUUCUUGUUUAUCUUGCUGGGUCCAGUAGGGAAAGGUCAGCAGUAUCAUGAGAUUGGCAGAUCCAUGGCCACCAUCAUGACAGAUGAGAUUUUUCAUGAUGUGGCUUAUAAGGCAAAAGAGCGAGAUGACCUCCUGGCAGGGAUUGAUGAGUUCCUAGACCAGGUGACGGUGCUUCCUCCAGGGGAGUGGGACCCCUCCAUUCGAAUUGAGCCGCCCAAAAAUGUCCCUUCCCAGGAGAAAAGGAAAAUGCCUGGAGUUCCAAAUGGAAACAUUUGCCACAUAGAACCGGAGCCACAUGGGGGCCACAGCGGGCCAGAGCUUCAGCGCACCGGGCGGCUUUUUGGGGGCUUGGUGCUGGACAUCAAGCGGAAGGCCCCCUGGUACUGGAGUGACUACCGGGAUGCCCUCAGCUUACAGUGUUUGGCCUCCUUUCUGUUCCUGUACUGUGCCUGCAUGUCGCCUGUCAUCACCUUUGGGGGAUUGCUUGGAGAAGCCACCGAGGGGCGCAUAAGUGCGAUUGAAUCCUUGUUUGGAGCCUCCAUGACUGGGAUCGCCUAUUCCUUGUUUGCCGGCCAGGCUCUUACCAUCCUGGGAAGUACUGGGCCAGUGCUUGUGUUUGAAAAGAUUUUGUUCAAAUUCUGCAAAGACUACGCUCUUUCAUACCUCUCCCUGCGAGCUUGCAUUGGACUGUGGACUGCCUUCCUGUGCAUUGUCCUUGUGGCAACUGAUGCCAGUUCCCUUGUCUGCUACAUUACUCGCUUCACUGAAGAAGCGUUUGCCUCCCUGAUUUGCAUUAUUUUCAUCUAUGAAGCAAUAGAGAAGCUGAUUCACCUGGCAGAGACCUACCCCAUCCACAUGCACAGCCAGCUGGACCACCUUAGCCUGUAUUACUGCAGGUGUACCCUCCCAGAGAAUCCGAACAAUCACACUUUACAGUACUGGAAGGACCAUAACAUCGUGACAGCAGAAGUCCACUGGGCCAACCUGACUGUUAGUGAGUGCCAGGAGAUGCACGGAGAGUUCGCAGGCUCCGCCUGCGGCCACCACGGACCCUAUACUCCUGACGUGCUCUUUUGGUCCUGCAUUCUCUUCUUCACCACCUUCAUCCUUUCCAGCACCUUGAAGACGUUCAAGACGAGUCGCUAUUUCCCGACCAGAGUCCGCUCCAUGGUGAGUGACUUUGCUGUUUUCCUCACUAUCUUCACAAUGGUGAUUAUUGAUUUUUUGAUUGGAGUCCCAUCACCCAAGCUUCAGGUUCCCAGUGUGUUCAAGCCCACAAGGGAUGACCGAGGGUGGAUUAUUAGUCCCAUUGGCCCCAAUCCCUGGUGGACUGUGAUUGCUGCAGUUAUCCCAGCACUGCUCUGCACUAUCUUAAUAUUCAUGGACCAGCAGAUCACAGCCGUCAUCAUUAACAGGAAGGAACACAAACUCAAGAAAGGAUGUGGCUACCACCUGGACCUGCUGAUGGUGGCCAUCAUGCUGGGUGUCUGCUCCAUCAUGGGCCUGCCCUGGUUUGUGGCCGCAACUGUCCUAUCCAUCACACACGUGAAUAGCCUCAAACUGGAAUCUGAGUGCUCUGCCCCUGGAGAACAGCCCAAAUUCUUGGGCAUCCGAGAACAGAGAGUGACAGGCCUUAUGAUCUUUGUGCUGAUGGGCUGCUCAGUCUUCAUGACAGCUGUAUUAAAGUUUAUCCCGAUGCCGGUCCUGUAUGGAGUCUUCCUCUACAUGGGAGUGUCUUCCCUGCAAGGAAUUCAGUUCUUUGAUCGCCUGAAGCUCUUUGGGAUGCCCGCGAAGCACCAGCCGGACUUCAUCUACCUCCGGCACGUGCCGCUGCGCAAGGUGCACCUUUUCACCCUCAUCCAGCUGACCUGCCUCGUGCUGCUCUGGGCCAUCAAGGCGUCUCCAGCUGCCAUUGUCUUUCCCAUGAUGGUUUUGGCCUUGGUCUUUGUCAGGAAAGUCAUGGAUCUCUGUUUCUCUAAGCGGGAGCUGAGCUGGUUGGAUGAUCUUAUGCCUGAGAGCAAAAAGAAGAAGCUGGAUGAUGCCAAGAAGAAGGCCAAGGAGGAAGAGGAAGCUGAGAAAAUGUUAGAAAUUGGGGGAGACAAGUUCCCCUUAGAGAGCAGGAAGUUACUAAGUAGUCCUGGAAAGAACAACAGUUUCAGAUGUGACCCCUCCGAGAUUAAUAUAUCUGAUGAAAUGCCGAAAACCACGGUCUGGAAAGCUCUCAGUAUAAAUUCUGGAAACACAAAGGAAAAGAGUCUCUUCAACUAAAUGUCUUUGCUGGGCUGGAGGCUGUGGGCCGUGAGGUGCCACAGGGAAGCUCUGGUUACAGAGAAGAUGGCGGGGGUCUCCGAGAUGAAGCGAGCCCCAGCCUGGCCCUGUCCUUGGUCCUGGCCAAGCCAUGCGAGAUUCAGUUAUUGGUGGUGUGCGUCAGAGGGCAUCGCCUGGCCUGAGCGUGGAAACCGAAGACCACCUCCUGCUGGUACUUCUCUUCUUCCUUCUCUUUCUCUUCAGAACUGCCACCAUUGAAGACCCAGCUUCCCACUUGCCAAACAUUUCCUCUUCAGGUGGCUGGCCUGCUGAGCCAUCUAUAUCCAUUCUGCCACUGAGGAUUUUCCUCAGGGAGGUCCCUCUUGCUCAAGGACAGCGGCGGGAGCGGGAGGAGAGCAGAGAGCAAAGGGAAGCCUCUCUGGUUGCAUAGUGACUGCAGGCUCCUGGGCAGCCCUGGGCCUUGGUUUGGUUGCCUCCUCUGGGGGAUGCUGGUCAGACCCAGAGGCUGCCAGAAGGUCUGCUCCUAGGAGGGUCAGCACCCUGAGCGUUGGCAGUGCCAACCACAACAGCCAGAAGAUGCCUCUGACCCAGUGCGUCUUCCUCGCUCCCUAGCAGCAGCCUGCAUAACUCAGCGAGAACCUUGGAUGAUGGAAGGGCCGAGAGGGACACACACACUGGACUUGCUUAUCUCAGAUGGGAAAAGGCUCAGGGGAAAAUGAUGAAUGAGGAUGAGCAGCUUCGCUUGGUUCAUUGAUAGAGUAAGAGAAUGAGCUUUAGUGGCCACAGAAGGAAUUAGUUUAGACAUCAGGAAGGACUUCCCAGCCUGAAGAUUUGUCGUACUGUCUGCUUUCUGGAUAUCUGGCGAAAGUUUGACCAUAGUUGUUUGUGAGUAGAAAAAGAGAUAAGGGGUUUUUUAUUGGGCAUGUUGAGGAAACAUCCAUGUCUUGCUGCUGUCUCCUGAGGACAUAUUUUGAUUCCAUUCCUGGAGAGAUCCAAGUGCUUACAUAAUGUCUCCUUAGCUGCCUUAGUCGCAAACCAUCAUCAACUCAAUGGACCAAACCACUUUGAUCAUUCUGGAUUUUUUUUUCGUUGACACGUUUUGACUUUCAGAUGUAAAAAGCCACAACGGGGAAAUGAACUUUAAGUGGUGAAAUUAAUUCUGGUAUUCAGUUUAAGACUAUAUUUCUAAUUUUUGUCUCCUCUUCUCUGUUGCAUUGAGGGUUUGGGCUCCAUUGUGUAUAGACUUUCCCUUCCUUUGUGCACAGAAUGUGACUGACAAGCAUGUUGGUGCCCAGGGGAUCUGAUCAGUUUCCAUCCUGGAGAAUAUUUGUGCAGAGGGACGGCCCCUCAGUGUGCUCUCUUUCUUAGGUGAAGAGUUGCUACAUAAUCUUAUUGAAGUUUACAUUCCUUAGACUCCAAAAAUAUGUUGAUGCUAUUCUAGUCUUACUCUAGGGACUUUGAUAUUGAAGGAAUCCUGCAUUUUCCUAUCUCCUUAUCUCUUAGAGCCACAAUUAUUUUUAACACACAGAUGAUUUUCAAAAUAUUUGACAACUGGUACAGGAUAGAUACAACCACUCAGAAAGGAUGCCUGCUAUAAACAAGCAUUUUGUAUGGCCAUACCAGUGCCGACUGGCUGAACAUCACCCUGCUUUCAAAUAUUAAAGUGAUAUCCCUUUGAAUUAUGGGUAUUGUUCCUGCUUGUCUAAUUUCUAUUUGCAAGGCUGUUUCAGGGACAGCCUCAGCUUCCUUUCCUAUGGUGCAGACAGGAUCACGCAUGCUUCUUUGAACCCUAUGGGCAUUAAAAUCUUUGAGAGCCAAAGCUUCACAUUUUAUCAUUUUAGGAUAAAUGUAAUCAUUGUACCUGUUUACCUACCUGGUUUAGAAAAAUCAUAAGGCAACCCAUCACUGGGAAAAGCUUUCUUGCUGCCUUUCCCUGUCCCUCUCUGGCUGCUUCCUUGAACUUGCCUCCUUUCUUCUCUGUUCCCUGAGAACAUCCCUCCUCUCUUCCCCCAUCUUGCCCCUCCCAUCUUUUCCUGCCACCUCUGUAUAGGGAAGGUGGUGACUGCUUCCUGUUCCCUUGGCCUCAGCAUGGCUACAGGGAAUUUAGCAGGGAAGUCUCCACCAUGUAGGAGAACUGGGUGACAGUGUCACUCCGAACAUCUGUUUCUGCACACACUGAUGUCUCAUGAUGCCCUGUCCUGUGGGCUCCCUACUUUGGGAGGCUCUGCCAGUCUUUUGGGGCAGUGAAGUUUUCCUCAAACAGCAGCUAGCUCCAUUUGUGCUGCAUCUCAGUGGCAGGAACCACUCCAUACUCUUCCUCUCUCAUCUUUCCCAAAUCCCACCCGGCACUCAGCCCCAGUCCUGGCUGCUUCCCAGCUCAGGUCUGUGGCUGGUGACUAUGGGUGGCAGAGUCAAGUUGGGACAGUGUUUAGGAUAGGAAACUGAGAGUGAUAGUGAAACAGAGGCCUCGUGUGUAUAUGUGUGUGUAUGUGUGUUCAUGUGUGCUUACCGACAAAUAAGAGUAUAUCUAGGAGAUUUCGUUGCUGCUACUGAACAGCCUCGUGCAUCUAAGUUGUGGGGACAUCAAGAGAAUAUGGUCCUUCCCCCAUCUAGGACUUCUCUCUCUAGCCUGAUAGAAUUGCCUGAGGGCAAAUGCCGUAGCUUAGUCUUAGAAAAAGGUGUUUAAGCUCAAUAUUAAGGAAACACUGAUUUAGGGGUAGAAAGCAAGGCAGGUAGUUAGGUAAUUCCCAUGCCCAGGCUUGCUUGGGCCAGAGAAAUAAUCCACCUCUUCUCUGACGAGGGGAAAUUUCAGGAGUAGUUUGAGUGUUGACAGUCAGUGUCCUGAUAGGCUGGUAUUGUAGAGUAGGAAGGGAUGGAGGCCAGGGAUUAAGAAAGUGAUGGUGAGUGGAAUCUUUGUUCUAAGCAGAAAAAGUGGCAUCUAGUGACGUUACUAAGUGGGUGGGUUACUUCCUAAUUUAUGACUUAAGGAAGGGUUGGUCUAGGGAGAAGGUGAAGGUCAGCAGAAAUGUGUUGUGAAAUUGCCCAAAAUGUUGCUUACAUAAAAUGCAGGCUAAUUCUUUGUAGCUGUUUUUGAUUUCAAACUUCUGAUGAUGGGACUAUCAGGAGAGCUGGUCUUUACUGCAUUCAGCUCCUGUCCCCUCUCCUUGUUCAUAUAUUAAAUUUGCCUUUGGGGUAGAGAGCUAGAGAACCAUUCAUUUCCAAAACAGGUUAUAAAUAGUUGCUCUUUCUAUUUGUCUGGGAUAGGACUGGCUUUUAAAUUAGUCAUAGAUAUUUGAUCAAAAUCUGGUAAGCUAAGUCUUAGGUUUGGUUAACAUCUUAGGUUGACAUCUGUGACCUUUAAGAGGUCUCUGCUUUGGGGAAUCUGGUUUUUGGUCAUCCAAAAAGGACAUUUCCCUGUUUGACUUUAUUUUCUAGCUAUUCUGUAUUCUAGACUUUCCUUCUAAUUAAGGAAUCAGUAAUUCUCCCUGCAACUUCUCUGAUGAUUUCAACGUCCAUGUUCAACAUGUCCAGGUUUCCCUGAUGCAUAGGAGAAGGCUUGAGCCAAGAGCCCAUGGCUUUCAUUCUAUCAUUAGACAUAUUCUCCAGUAUGUUCUUAAUACUACUUUGUUAGCUUCUCUAAAUGUCUGCCUUUGCAGGAGAGUUAGCACCUCCUCUGAGGACUUUUAAGCACUCUUUGCUAGUUCGUUACUGCAUUUUCCUUAGACUUCUCAGGUUCCCAAGCCACAUCCUGGCAGGACAGUUGACAUGCAUCAGAUAUUCUCAGCCUUCUUGACUGUCUCUUGGUCGUAGCUGCCAGACCUUCUAAGGUAGAAUUUGCUCCUGCCUGUCCUAACUGGCCAAGUGAGACAUCAUCUCAGUUCUGCCCCUUUUUGCUGACCUAGCUUUUUCAAGCUCUCUUUCCCUCCUUUCUGCCUUUUCCUCAGUCUUUCAAGUUCUUCUUGGAGGGAAGGAGUUUUUGGUCAGAGGUCCUAACAGCCCCCGCCAGUGGGGGCUGGGAAGAAAGCGGGGGAGGUUGGAUAGUUCUGGGGCUGCUCCAAAAAGGAACUUGAUGGUUAUUUGCCUUAUUUAGGAUGAGGGACUAUGAAUUCUCAAGCCCUCAGGCUCAUCCAUAUUUCAGUGUAAAUAGAGAAAGACAUUCCAAAACCAAAUAGAAGGGAUUUUUUCUACCAAACCUACUCUUUAUCAUUCUUGGUGCCCCUGGGGUCUUGUAUUAAUUAUAGAGAAUGGGGUAGUUGACUCAAUUCACAUUUCUUUAGUUUCUUUAUUGGAAGGAGGCUGACUUUCACAACCAAAGAGGUGUGAAGUAACUCUAUCGAAAGAGGAAAGGAGUGUCACAUGAAUCUUUUCAAUAGGAAACAUCAGAAAGUGGAGCAAUUCAACUACAGGCAUAAUUCUUUUAGGAGAUUCUGUGCUCAAAGGGAAUGGAAUGGUUUCUGAUCCUUCUGAAAAGAAAAGGAAUAGCAUUUUCUGAAACCUAACUCACUUUCAGCAUUGGAGAAUAUAGAAUUUUUCUUCUAGCUGAUGGCACUAAUAUUUCUGAGCGGGAGAGAGAGCCCACCCACGGCCCUUUCCCAAGCCCAGCAGGAACAGCAGAGCUCGGGUUCUUUUAGCAGGUUUGCAGUCGAUUUCAACUUGCAGGUUUUCCACACGUGCAAUAAACUGGAUGUGCAAUUACUCCUUUUGCAAAAGAGGCCAAAAUCCUUCUCCCCACACCUCUCCUCCAUAUUCACUCCUCCAAGAUGAUAAGCCUCCCUCUUGUUUAUCUGUGUCUGUCUGUCCGACUGGUUAGAUACAGCUGCCCUCCCAAGCACAUGGUGUCAGGUGGAGAGCACAGCGACCUUCCCACGGAAGGGGACGGCUUGAGGUGCUGGUACAUUUCCCUCGUUUUCUAUGUUCUUCUUUCUAGUAGGUCUCCUGUAGAGAUAGAGAUAUUUUUGUUUUAGAGAUUCCAAAGUAUAUAUUUUUAGUGUAAGAAAUGUACCCUCUCCACACUCCAUGGUGUAAAUAGAACCAAGAACACGUGUCAUUGUGAUAAUCCCCUAGCGAUCUGCGGUAGCAACAGGACCCCUGUCCCUCACCGCCUAGUCUCACGGUCUGUGUCUGUGAACCGAGGGGGUGAUGGUGACACCUCUGCCUGCCCAGACCUUCCUAUGCUCAAUGGGUGAAAAAUAAAGUCUGUGUAACUGUUAA